GGUGUUUCAUUGACCACGUGGUUCUGGCAGGCAAGAUGGCGACAGCCAGUCCCACUUCCCUGGAGUCGGCGCCGCGGAUCUUGCGGCUGGUGUCCGAGUGCAGCCGCUCCAGGGCACGGGCAGGCGAGCUGCGGCUGCCGCACGGGCGGGUGGCCACUCCAGUAUUCAUGCCAGUGGGCACGCAGGCCACCAUGAAGGGCAUCACGGCGGAACAGCUGGACGCGCUGGGCUGCCGCAUCUGCUUGGGCAACACCUACCAUCUGGGUCUGAGGCCGGGCCCGGAGCUGAUCCAGAAAGCCCACGGUCUCCACGGCUUUAUGAAUUGGCCCCACAACCUGCUGACGGACAGCGGCGGCUUCCAGAUGGUGUCCCUAGUGUCCCUGUCUGAGGUAACGGAGGAGGGCGUCCGCUUCCGCUCCCCCUUCAAUGGCGAUGAGACCCUUUUGAGCCCGGAGAGGUCCGUGGAGAUCCAGAACGCGCUGGGGUCAGACAUCAUCAUGCAGCUGGAUGACGUGGUCAGCAGCACUGUGACGGGACCUCGUGUGGAGGAGGCUAUGUACAGAUCAAUCCGCUGGCUAGACCGAUGCAUUGCAGCCCAUCAGCAGCCCGAGAAGCAGAAUCUCUUCGCUAUCAUCCAGGGUGGGCUGGAUGCGGAUCUCCGGGCCACCUGCCUUGAAGAGAUGACCAAGAGGGACGUGCCUGGCUUUGCCAUCGGGGGACUGAGUGGGGGUGAGAGCAAGGACCAAUUCUGGAGGAUGGUGGUGCUGAGCACUUCGAGGCUGCCCAAGGACAAGCCCCGAUACCUGAUGGGGGUCGGCUAUGCCACCGAUCUGGUGGUCUGCGUGGCUCUUGGAUGCGACAUGUUCGACUGCGUUUUCCCCACGAGGACAGCGCGAUUUGGCUCUGCCCUGGUGCCUACUGGGAACCUGCAGCUGAAGAAGAGGCAGUUCCAGAAGGACUUCCGCUCCAUAGACCCUGAGUGUGCCUGUCCUACCUGCCAGAAGCACAGCCGGGCCUUCCUGCACGCGCUGCUUCACAGCGACAACACCGCCGCUCUGCACCACCUCACUGUCCACAAUAUUGCCUAUCAGCUGCAGCUGAUGGGCACCAUACGCACCAGCAUCAUGGAGAAACGCUUUCCUGACUUUGUGCGGGACUUCAUGCGCACCAUGUAUGGGGACCCCACCCUCUAUCCCACCUGGGCCACUGAAGCCCUAGCCUCUGUGGGAAUCACAUUGAGUUGACCUGGCUUGGGGGAAGGUGGGAGGGUGUGGAAGAUAUUGAAGGGUUUGGAUUUUUUAUUAUAAUUUAGUGUCUGUUUCUUCUUGGAGGGGGUGGUGGCCUGUCUUGGUUCCCUUCCUGGUCUGAGUGUCCUGUGGUUGAUGUCCCUUUCCUCCCAUUGGAAAUAACUAGUAACCAUAGCAACAGGUAGUAUCUGGAAACCACCUCUCACAAUCCAUCAUGUAGGAAGUGUCUCAGAGAGGGAGCUGCAUUCCUUUUCCUAUGGCCUAGACUUCCCAGACACUCCAGGUGUCAACAUUGUUGUCCUGCCCCUUUUCACAGUUGAGUAAACAGGCCACCACAGGGGAAGUAGCUUAUAUAAGUCACCACUGAGGAAGUAGCAGCCUGGCUCCAGAGCUCAUGCCCUUAGCCUUGACUCUUCAAACAUGUGGUUUAAUCUUGCUGUCAGUUAACACGGUUAUAUCGAUAAUAGGUGUGAUAUAGUAGGUGCUUACACUGCACCUAGCCCUGUUCUAAAUGGUUGUCAUGUGUAUUCUUACAACUUUAUGAUACAUGAAUAGCUACCUUCCCCAUUUUAUGGAUGAGGAAACUGAGUUUCAGGGGAAUGAAGUCACUUGGUCACUAUCACCUAGCAAAUAAACAGGCCCAGGAUCUAACCCAGAUAUGGCCAAUUAUAGAGCUGGUGCUCUUAGAAGGUAAGGGUUUUUAAGUUGAAAAAGUAAUACAUGUGUAGGAUCCACCAUUCAAAUAGCAUAAAAAUUGCACUAUUUUGAUCAGUUUGUGUAUUCUUCCAGAAACUUUCCAUGUGUACCUAUUUUUCAUGCAUGUCAGUGUCCUUUACAUGUAGUUAUGUACUUUGCUAUUUUUCCUUUUUCAGUGUAUAUCAAAUUGUUUACAUGUCAGUACAUGAAGACUUAUUUUCUUUACAG